AUGGCUAAAUCGUCGACAAGCAAAGCCGGAAAACCAAAGACCAAUGAAGAAAUUUUUGCUGGUUUUCAAAAUCUUCGUAGUGAACAAAGGCAACUGGCGAACAAAAUUUCAGAACUUGAAAUGGAUCUCAAUGAGCACAAAAUAGUAAUAGAAACGCUGAAAGGUGUAGAAAGUGGUCGAAAAUGCUUCAGAAUGGUAGGCGGAGUAUUAGUUGAAAGAACUGUAGCAGAUGUACUACCAGAAUUAGAAGGAAAUAAAGAACGACUACCUGCUGCUCUUCAGGCAUUACAUGAACAACUAUCUAAAAAAGGCCAAGAGAUCAAUGAGUAUAUUGAGAAGCAUGACAUCAAGGUUCAACGUGGUACCGAGAGCGCUGAAGCCCCACCAGCAGACACUCCAGCUAAAUCCAAUGUCCUCGUUGCUAGCAGUUAA